CUUGCCGGUGAGUUCCGAGCCGGCUACCCAGCACACUCUGAGCCCCUCGGAGCUGAAGCCUUCCCCGGGAGCCCCGUGCCCACUGAGCGCGGGCUCUAUAGCCGGGCGCCGGGCGAGCGGACCGCGAGGAAGAGGCCGACGGGGCCGAAGAGUCCGAAGAAGGGACCCGCAGACCCCCGAGUGGCCAGGAUGGUGGCAGAGGCGGCCCGGGGCAGCCCCAAGCCCGGAGAGGCCAACGGCGUAGUGGCGGGCGCGGGGCCCCCGGGCCGCGCGGGCGGCGCGGGCCGGCGGGCGCAGCGGCUGCGCUCGUGCCUGCGCGCCCACCUGCUGGUGCUGCUGACCGUGGCUGGAGUGGUGGCGGGCGCUGGGCUGGGCCUGGCCGUGGCGCGCUGGGUGCCGCGCCUGAGCCGGGCGCAUCUAGUGGCCUUCGGCUUCCCGGGGGAGCUGCUGCUGCGCCUGCUGCGCCUGAUCAUCCUGCCGCUCGUGGUGUGCAGCCUGGUGGGCGGCGCUGCUAGCCUGGACCCGGUGGCACUGGGCCGCGUGGGUGGCUGGGCGCUGCUCUUCUUCAUGCUUACCACACUUAUGGCCUCGUCGCUUGGCGUGGGGCUCGCCUUUGCCUUGCGUCCGGGAGUAGGCAUCCAGGUCCAGGCGGCACACGACACGCAGCCGCACCCCACCAAGGAGAUGCUCGACUCCUUCCUGGACCUCUUCAGGAACAUCUUUCCUGAUAACCUGGUAACUGCGGCCUUUAGCUCUUAUUCCACCAGAUACAUAGCGGUCAAUGACACCACCGGUACACAGAAUGGUACAAUAAAGGUACUUUUUGGUGAGGAGGGGAUGAACAUUCUGGGGCUGGUGGUGUUUGCCAUGGUGCUUGGAGUUGCCCUCCGUAAGAUCGGGGCAGAAGGGGAGCUGCUCAUCCGCUUUUUCAACUCCUUCAAUGAGGCCACGAUGGUGAUAGUGUCCUGGAUCAUGUGGUAUGCGCCGGUGGGCAUCAUGUUCCUGAUUGCAGGCAAGAUUGUGGAGAUGGAAGACGUAGGGCAGCUCUUCGCCGGCCUGGGCAAAUAUGUUUGCUGCUGUAUCCUGGGGCACCUCAUCCACGGCCUUCUGGUCUUGCCCCUCAUCUACUUUGCCAUCACACGCAAGAACCCUUACCGCUUCCUGUGGGGGAUUGUGCCAGCCUUGGCCACUGCCUUCGGGACCUCUUCUAGCUCAGCCACGCUCCCACUGAUGAUGGAGUGUGUGGAGGAGAAAAAUGGUAUCUCUAAACACAUCAGCCGCUUCAUCCUUCCCAUUGGAGCCACUGUGAACAUGGAUGGCGCUGCCCUCUUCCAGUGUGUGGCUGCUGUUUUCAUUGCCCAGCUAAACAACGUGCCUCUCAAAUUCAUCCACAUCAUCACUAUCCUCAUCACUGCCACGGCCUCCAGCGUGGGUGCAGCUGGCAUCCCUGCAGGGGGUGUGUUGACCUUGGCCAUCAUCCUGGAAGCUAUCAGUUUGCCUACUAAGGACAUCUCCAUCAUCUUGGCUGUGGACUGGCUGGUUGACCGCUUCUGCACCAUCAUCAAUGUGGAAGGGGAUGCCUUUGGAGCUGGCCUACUUCAAUGCUACGUGGACAACACCAAGGCAGGGGCAGGAAGUCUGGGGUCCGAGCUGGCAGAGGUCAAAGACAAUGCCUCCACGGUCCCCCUGUCUCCAGAGGCGGACCCACUCAUUCUCAAGAUGGUCAAGUCUGGCCCUGCUGGGGAUGCAAACACCUGUGAAAAGGAGUCGGUCAUGUAGAGUUGCUGCCCCUAGCUUACUCCUGAAAGGGCCGAAGGCCUGGAACUCUCCCAGGCUCCACAAAGACUUAGGGGUGACCCUUUCCGAAAGGGAGUUUCUUUCCCACACUCCAGUGGCCUUUUCUGGCCUGGGAAGGGUCAUUUCAAACCCAUGGCGUCUCCUUUGUUUCCUCCUCUUUGGGACCCUGCCUGUUGUGUCCUGAGGAAGCUUCUAGAGCUCAGAGAAGGAACUGGACCGACACAUUUCCUUUUUGCUGCCUGGGGACACCGAGUUGGACAAUUCAGCUCCCCAUCCUGACCAAAGGUCUUGGGAUCUUCUCCCACCUACCUCUACACCCUUUUCAGGCUGACUGUUGGCCUCUGUGGGCCUCUCUCCUCAGGACACACUGUUCUGGUCCUGCUUGGGCCGGUAGAAUUGGAGUGACAGCAGCGUCUGGGGAAGGGGGGGGCGGGCAGGCUGAAUGGGAGCAGCACUCUGGCCCCCAGCCCGUUCUCCAUUUAGGCUGGGGGAGGAGGUAUGGUCCAAGGCAAUAAAUGUGUGUCUAACCAGUC